UGACUUUGGGGAACAUUUCCACAAAAGAUGACCGAGUGAGUGUGAGAGAGGGACGAGACCCGGAUGUUGAUCGCCGCGUCGUUAGUGCGCAGCUGCAGGCCGGACUGACUGAGGAAGGGAGCAGCAGUUCAUGGAAGACAGUCAAUGUAAGACAGAAGACAGCGGUCAUCAGGAGGGCGCUGAAGACAGCACAAGAGAAUCAGCCUCCCCCUGUCCUGUUUUCGGGGGUUGGUCGGAGGCCCCUGAGGGAGGGAAGGAUGCCAAUUGGAGCACUGUGGCCGACGGACAGCCCCCCUCCACGGUGCCGUCGCGAUACAUGCCCCGUGAGGUGCCACCGCGCUUCCGCAACCAGCAGGAACCCAAAGUGCUACUGAAAAGGGGCCAGCCACCACUGUCCUGCAUGCUGCUGGGGGGCGCAAGUGGAGGGGACGCCUCGCCCCGAAUUCCCCUGCAGGAGCACGCUGACACCUCAGAUUCUAAGGUAGAUUCAGUUUCUCUGCACUCAUCAUCUGACGCCUCCGCCACUCCCACUUAUGCAAAUUACACAUGGGGGCGGGGCUCAGGAGGUCAAGCCUCGUCUCAGGGAAUGGACAAGGACAGUUCUGAUGUAGAGAAAUGGCCAAGACCAGAAGACUCAUGGAAUAGUGACCAGACCCUACAUUCUGCCAGGUUGGGAAUGGAUGAGUCCGCUGACCUGCAAAUGGACAGUUCUUCUAAACUCUCUGAACAUACCGAAGACAGUGCAUCUUUACAGUCUGAGAAAAAAGAAAGCAUUAAAGGAGUAAUUCAGAAUUUCAGCUCUAAGGUCUCUCCGCUUUCUGGAGAUCAAGGGGACACUCAAGGUCUAAAUCCAAAUUAUACCCCUGUUGCCCCUGAUGGAGAUCUCUCAACCAACACUGCCUCCGAGGAGUCUUCUCCCACACCCUUGAGUCCAGCCCAUGCACUCUACCAGACACUCCUCAAGAGAGAAGAGCCUGUUACAGGAGAUUGGGCAAAGCCUGGACCAAAUGGUGGUGCAGCUUCCAGCAUGGAUUUGUGGGGUACUGUUGAGAAUCCUGCUGUGAAGAGCAAUGGUGGAAGUUCUGGAGAUGGCACCUCUCAGGGAGUGUGGGAUGGAGAUGCGGUAGGUUCAUACAAACAGGCAGCUACAGGACGGACCUCAGACUUCGCAGUUGGUAAAUCAAAAGAGGAUAUGAGCGAGGAGGUAAGCACGGAAAGUUUACACAAAUCUCCAGUGUUUGGAAACAAUGUGGCUUCAGGAGACGACAAUCAGAAAGUAGCUGAUGCUUGCGAUGGGCCCAAGGGUAAAUCGGCUAGCAGUGAGGAUGCUCAAAAUCUGGUCCAAAGCCCAUCCACAUGUCACCCAGAAGAAGCCUUACAGAGCAUGAUCAAUCACACUAACCUGGAUCCCAAAGUGCUGUGCAACACUGGAUGGGGCAAGACUCAGAUCAAGCAGAACGUUGCUUGGGAUUUCGAGGCAGAUGUGGGCAAUGCUGGCUGGGAUCUGGAAGUGAACACCGAACACGGUAAGGAAGGCUGGCGGGAAACGGGUGAUCUUUCCAACUCCAAAAUGCAGAAGCAGGAGGUUGGGCAUGUGGGUAGGGCUCAAGGGUGGACCGAGCGUGGAGAAAUGAGCGUCGGGAUUGGUCACAAAGCGAGUGGCUGGGGGGAAGACCAAGAAGGUGCAUCCAGAAGGGAAGGAACAGGUUGGAGCCAAGGUGGCGGAAAAGAGUGGACCCCAGUGCCUGAUGCUGGAGGCUGGAAGGAAGAGAAAAGCGCAAAUCAGAAUGAAGGGUCGUGGGGCAGCCCUGAAGAUUCGGGACCGCGGAGCGGUGGCUGGGAUUGUAAAACCCACCAGGGAUGGAGCGAGAAGCUUCCAUCACAGAUACCAAACAAACAAACAGCACUUAAAACCCAAAAUCAACAACCGCAGCAGCAAUCGCAAACCCAGCAGCAGAUGCCGGGAUAUCCAAAGGUCUUGCAGGACCGGGCUCGUACAGGAGAGAACGAUGAGCAGAGUAAAGGCUCAGGGUGGAGCUGUGGGCCCAUCCCUCAGAUUGCUUCAGCUGGUGAGCCGAGCGGGUGGGAAGAGCCCUCGCCCCAGUCCAUCAGCCGGAAAAUGGACAUUGACGACGGCACCUCUGCAUGGGGCGAUCCAUCACGAUACAGCAGCAAGAACGUCAACCUGUGGGAUAAGAACAGCUCACAGCCCCAACAGCAGUCCUCUGGAAGACCGGCUGGAACUCCAUCUAAAAACUCUGGUCCUGCAAUAUGGACACGCAGCAGUGGCCCCUCCGACUCGUCCAUGGAAAGCGGUCCUGCUCCCUGGGUUAAAUCAUUUGAUGGGUCAUCUGGCUGGGGGGAAUCCAAUGAACCUGGGAAAGGUGGAUGGGGAAACUCACAUUCCCAUCCUAAUAAGACUGGUUCAAAGUCUAUGCAAGAGGGCUGGGGCGACGAAGGCUCGAAUUCCUCCAGACACUCCAGCUGGGAGGAGGAGGAUGGAGGAGUCUGGGGCGGUCGGGGGUCCCAGAGCAACAUGUCCAGCUCGUACAGCUCCGGCGGCUGGGGCCAAAGCCAGGGGUCCAGGAGGCUCAGCUCUAAGAGCCCUCUUAAAGGUAACAGUGGAGACUCGUGGGUUUCUCCUGUAUCUCGGCAGUUCUCAAACAUGGGCGUUACGGAUGACGACUCCAGCAUGGGUCACGAUAACAGACACGACAGGCGAGGCGUGAAUGACGGAGAAAUGCGGAGAGGAGGCAGGACUGGAGGAGCUUUCCGCUCGCAGACUGCCAAAGAGACCAGCUGUGGAGAGAGCGGGCCCUAUCUGGAUAAGGUUGGAGGUCAUGGUAUGUUUGGCGGUGGGAUUCCUCCGAUGAGAGGGAUGCAUCAGGCCGGCGUGCACCCAUUAAACCCUUCCCCUGGCAUAAGAGCACAAGUGCCUCAUCAGUUCCUGCCUCCUCAGGUUCCAGGGCCGAUGCUGAAGCCAAUGGCGCCCCCUAGCGGAGGCAUGUUUCCUCCACAGCUGUCCCCUCAGCACAUCGCCAUGCUAGGCGGCAUUAAUCCACACAUGCAGCAGUUCCAGCUGGCUUGUCAGCUCCUCCUGCAACAACAACAGCAACAGCAGCAGUUCCUGAAUCAGAGGAAGUUUUCUCCUCCUCUAAGACAACAACACGACCCGCAGCAGUUGGCACGGAUCAUGGCGAUCCUCCAGCAGCAGCAGCAGCAGGGUGUUGUGGGACCCAAGCUCUCUCCGUCUCCUUUGGGUGCACACAUCCCCAAACACCCCGACACACACCUGCAUCACCUGGGCCUGAACACACACAAACCCCCCGAAGCAGCAGUACACGCAGCCAUCGGAGGAUCAGAACUACACAACAAAGCCCCUGCUGCGUACACUGGAGCAGUAAAGCUGCCCGAUGGCUCCUCAUUCUCUCAGUAUGAUGUGUUGGGUAGCGGUUGGCACCGCAGUGCAGCAGGGAAGGUGGAUGCGUCUCCUUCUCCAAACCCCAGCUGGCCUCCAGAGUUUCAGCCAGGCGUCCCAUGGAAGGGCCUUCCGAGCCAUGAACCUGACCCCUACAUGACCCCUGCAGGAAUGCUGGGAUCCUCCCUGCUCAGCGACACUGAACAUCACCUGCUGCAGGACAACACGGGGUCAAACUCUGUGAACACCUGUAUGCCUUCAACUGGUGCCUGGCCGUACAGUGCCUCAGACCCCCCCCUCACUGCACACGGCACAGCUAAAUACACAGAGCUGAAGUCCAGCUGGCCGCCGGAGCCCAUCGGACACAGCAAAUCAUGGCGGACCAAUCGUAAUGCUUCUCAGAUGCCCCGCCCCCCUCCGGGCCUGAGCUCUCAGAAGCAGCCGUGGGUGGAGGAGGGGCCUCGCAUGGCCAGGGCGUGGGGAGGCGGAGCCAGUGGCACAGACACUCCCUUUAAAUCAGAGUGGAGCGAUGGAGGAGCGUCAGCUGGGAAAUCAUGGCUGCUGCUGAGAAACCUCACACCACAGAUCGACGGCUCGACCCUGAGGACGAUCUGUCUUCAGCACGGCCCUCUGUUGACCUUUCACCUCGGCCUGACCCAGGGCAGCGCUCUAAUUCGCUACUGCAGCCCACAUGAGGCUGCCAAAGCCCAGAGCGCCCUGCACAUGUGCGUUCUGGGAAACACCACCAUCCUGGCCGAGUUCAUGAGCGAGGAGGACGUCAUCCGCUACUUCACACAUUCCCAGGCCGCAGGGGUCGCGGGGUCACCGGAGGUUUCCCCCGGAUCUGACUCUAGAGAGGGAGAGCGGGCGGCGGGCGUACCGGAUGGAGACACACCUGUGAGCUGGCAAGGGCUGGAUGGAGCGCCCGGAUCCACAGUGGAGGUGCCAGGACUCGCCAUCCUCAGCCAAUGGAGCAACAAUGCCGGCGAGGGGGCGGGGAAAGGAGUUUGGGGAGGCGUGGCUCCCGGAUACCACGGCGGUAGUCUAUGGGGUGCUCCUCAGUUAGAGGAUGGCACAGCUGGCUUGUUGCCAGGCAAUCUGCUUGGGGGCGGGACAGACAGUUUGUGAUUGACAGCUGUCGAUUAUGGAGAGAGUGGUACGCGGAGUUUUCAAGUGUGUCAAAGCGGUGUCAGACUGCAAAAAUAAUGAUCUUUCCCAACAUCUGGAAGCCCAAUGUGAACAUGAGAGAGAGCCAGCCCUAGGAAACAUUUCAGUUCCCAAAAAUCAUUAAGAAUGUAGGAGUUCUGCCUUGUGACAUUAUUUAUUAAGACAGUUAAUCAGAUUAAUCCACAGUACUGUAGUAUAUUAGUGUAGAUUCACCGUUUUAUUUACAUUUCAUUUUAAGUACACACACACACACACACACACACACACACACACACACACACACGUGCACAGACUUUAACAUUGCGUUCAUUUUGUUUUGAUUUGUCCUGGAAAUGAUGUCACAAUGCAGAAAUAGUGUGAAUAAAUGACAUAUCUCUAUGUAAAUCUAAACUUAUUAAUAAGGUGUAUGUAGUUUUGAGUCAAAGUUACCAAAAACACACGCGUGGCUUCUGUGUGUGUGUGUCCUCAUUAUUUUUGCAGUUGCUUCUGGUGACACACUGCAGCUUUAAGACACUCACAUUCAGAGAGCUACAUUUCCACACAAACACUGGACGUUUCGACGGGCUUUUAUAUCGAGUCAGAUAUUAAACACACACACACACACACACAGAUGCAGUGUGAACGCCGCAGGCAUUUGCUUACAGACAUUCUGAUCAUUGCCAGAGUUAAGCUAUCAUGUAUUUGAAUGCAGGGACUGUUCCUAAAGGCCUUCUUUCACUCACACGCACACACACUCACACUCACACACACUCUCUCGCACUGCUCAACUUGAACAACUGAUGUUAGGCUGGCACAUGCAGACACUGUUUGAUGCUUCGACUGAUUUAAUUCAAGUGCAAGAGCAUCUGAAACCUGUAGAUGAGAGAGAAUCUCUUAAAAGCACACACAGGGACACGCGUUUCACUCCUGAAUCACGGUUCUGCACUAAGAAAGCAGAUUUAGGACUAAUAAUUUAUAAUCUUUAAGUGAUAACUUGCAGGUUCUUGCUUGAAAUGUGAUUCUUAAAGGGACGGUUCACCCAAAAAUAAAAUCUACUUAGUAUUUACAUGCACACAAGUUGUUCAUACAGCCAACCCCGAAGUUAUUCUUACUCCUGGCUAAUUCUGACUACUUUAAUCCAACUAGCAAGUGCUUUCUUAACCUGUAAAUGACACCGGUUUAUCCUAGAAGAUAAUAAGACGAUGUACAAGAGGCGUCAUUGUGGAAAAAAUAUAUAUUUCUCAGCUUUUAUUUACAUUCGAAGCAAAACUUUAGGUCAGAAUUUGCCAGAGGUAUGAAUGUAUAUGUGAAACUCAAAAGAAGAUAUUUUGAAGAAUGUUGGGAACCUGUAGCCAUUGACUUCCAUACAAACCAGUUUGAGUGUCUUUCAUCUGUCAAACUCAAGGGAAGAUAUUUUGAAGAAUGUUGGAAACCUGUAGCCAUUGACUUCUAUUCUAUGGAAGACAGUGGUUACUGCUUUCCAACAUUCUUCAAAAUAUCUUCUUUUGAGUUUAACAGACGACAGACGCGAACUAGUUUGCAAUGAGAAGAAUGAGUAAAUGAUUUUCAUUUUUGGGUGUACUGUCCCUUUAAAAAUGUAACUGCGAUAUUCACAGUCAGUUUUAAAUGUAAAUAAGCUAAUUUUGUGAUCCUUAAAGUGACAGUUCACCCAGAAAUUAAAAUGUGCUUAGUAUUUACAUGCACACAAAUUGUUUAGAGUCAAGCCCAAAGUUACUCAGCUUCAAAUUAUUUAUUAUUUUUUUUGACCAGAAAUGCCACAGACUCCUCCCAAAAUAGAAGACGACGAUGUACAAGAGACAUCAUUGUGAAUAAAAUAUAUAUUUCUCAGCUUUUAUUUACAUUCGAACCAAAACUUUAAGUCAGAGUUGGCCUUAGGGUAUGAGUAAUUUCAGGUUUGACUGGAUAUGUAUGUAUAAUUAUUAUUUGUUGACAAUAUUUUUAAGAAUGUUGGAAACCUGUAGCCAUACAAACCAGUUUGAGUUUCUUCUCUGAAACUCAUAAGAAGAUAUUGUGAAGAAUGUUGAAGAAUGCUACAGCUUUCCAACAUUCUUCAAAAUAUCUUCUUUUGAGUUCAACAGAAGAAAGAAACCCAAACUGUUUUGCAAUGAGAAGAAUGGGUAAAUGAUGACAGGAUUUUCAUUUUUGGGUGUACUGUCCCUUUAAAAAUGUAAAUGCAAUAUUCACGUAACUUAAAUUACAGUAAAAACACUGUAAUACAGUCAGUUUUAAAUGUAAAUGAGCUAAUAUUGUGAUCCUUAAAGUGACAGUUCACCCAGAAAUUAAAAUGUGCUUGGUAUUUACAUGCACACAAAUUGUUUAGAGCCAAGCCCAAAGUUAUUCAGAUUCAAAUUAUUAUUUUUUUGACCAGAAAUGCCACAGACUCCUCCCAAAAAAUAAGACGACGAUGUACAAGAGGCAUCAUUGUGGAAAAAAAAUAUAUUUCUUAGCUUUUAUUUACAUUCGAACCAAAACUUUAAGUCAGAGUUGGCCUUAGGGUAUGAGUAAUUUCAGGUUUGACUGUAUAUGUAUGUAUAAUUAUUAUUUGUUGACAACAUUUUGAAGAAUGUUGGAAACCUGUAGCCAUUAACUUCCAUACAAACCAGUUUGAGUUUCUUCUGUAAUACUCAAAAGAAGAUAUUUUGAAGAAUGUUGGAAACCUGUAGCCAUUAACUUCCACACAAACCAGUUUGAGUUUCUUCUGUAAUACUCAAAAGAAGAUAUUUUGAAGAAUGUUGCAAAGCUGCAGCCAUUGACUUUCAUACCAUGGAGGUCAACGGCUACAGCUUUCUAACAUUCUUCAAAAUACCUCAUUUCGAGUUCAACUGACGAAACUCAAGCUGGUUUGCGGAGUAAAUGAUGACAGAAUUUUCACUUUUGGGUGUACUGUCUCUUUAAAAAUGUAACUGCGACGUUGUAAUUAAAUUUACAGUAAAACACUGUAAUACAGUCAGUUUUAAAUGUAAAUGAGCUGAUUUUAGAGUCGUUGUUCUUCUCCAAUGAUAAAAUAAUCCCGUCCUAAAAGCGGACGCUGUGGAUUCAGGGUUGAAGCGACUCCUGUGGGUUCUGGAGGUUCUCGCUCACGCGGUUUCAGUGGCUCUUUUCUUCAUCAGCGCUGCGUUCCUGUGGAUUCUGUGUAUCUUAAAGGCUCAUACAGACCUUCCACUGUUCCCUUCUCGAUCUGUUCGUCAGGUUUGCUGUUACAUUUCUACGAUUCGUACAUUGUGUUUGUUUUUUUGCAUAUUCGAGUAAUCUUCAAAGACUCUGUGGGACUGCCGGAUGGACGUCUGUAACGCGUGUAUGUGUGCACUUUACUGUUUUCGGUCUGUGUUUGUGGGUUUGUGUGUGCGGCUGUGUGUCGUUAACCGUGCACUAUACACUGCUGGCUGUGUUUUACAAGCGUUGGCAUUAGCGGGUUCCUGCGAUUUUUGGCUUAGUGUUUUUUAAGCGUACUCAUGUAGCCUUUUUGUAUCGGCUGAACUGCAAUAAUGAUUCUACAAGCAUUUUUAAGACACGAGCGUGCGAGACGGCGUUUCUGCCAAACUUAUCCGCCUGUCCAGAGUUUACAAACAGCUGAGCGACUCCUGUGUUUUUAUGCGUCUGUAUUGUUGUUUUUGUUUUAAUUAAGACUUUAACACUCCUUUCGGUGUUUCAUUUUCGGUUUUUUUUUUUGUUGAGAUUUUACAAAGAAAAGAAGUGAAGAGUUUAUUUAAAUAAAAGUGACAUAUGCAGCUGUUAUGAAGACUGACGUUUCAGAUCUUUCUCUUUGUUUUAUUUAGGUUUCUGGACACUCUUUGAUUGUGUUAUUAACAGUAAACAGAUUUUUGCCUCGUUGUCGAACUGUUAACCUGUGUUUUGUUUCACUCGUACAUUUAUUUGACAUGUUUGUGAUUGACUUCAUAUCAUUUGUAUGUGUUUAUAUAUCACUUUCAUUAUUAUUUGUAAUUUAUUUCCUGUCAUUAUUUUUAAUUUUCAGUACUUUAAGUGUUAAUAGUAUAUGAAAGACUUGCAUCUUUUGGAUUGUGGUUGUGGUUAUUGUUAUUUUCUUUGCUACGCUGCUAACCUGUUACUAUGAGAGGUAAGUUAAGGUUAAGGUAAGGUUUCUCCUCAUAAAUGUCAUUGAAAUAUAGUAUUUUUUUGCAUUGUUUUGAA